GCCAAAUGUCUGUCAGUGGCCGUGAGCUCAGUAGGAGCAGAGUGAAGCGACGUUUAGACGAGGAUCCGUCCAGCUGGCAGGGAUGCCGAGGAGAUGGUGAGGAGCGCCGCGUGGCCAGGUGAGAAGAUGAUGGUCUGCUGAUGGGAUGGCAGAUCUGCCCACCAGACGGGAGAUCCCGGUUGUGUUGUUGGCUUUGGUGCAGAUGCCGACCCACCUCCCACCGAAGCGGCCGCGCUGUGGGUGGCAGGGACACGUUAACCAAGACGGCGGCAGAGGGGCGGGGCGGAGAGCGGCAGAGCCAGCACAUGACGGAUGGUGAGAGAUGGCAGACUGCAGGCAGGCAGGCAGGCAGGCAGGCAGGCAGACAGGCAUCCAUUCACUUCUUUGUACGUCAUGUGUGUAUGCAGGCACCGCCAGCACCCUGCCGCCUACUCUCGCCUCCGGCAGUGACCACAACGUUGCACCAGCGGCCACCAAGACCAACUCCCUCCAGCUGCCCCCCACGGACAACGACGGUCCGACCAUGCCCAUGCCCCUGGUAGAGAUCAAGACAGAGCUGGACCCCUCGAGGCCCACCAGGAUCAUCAACAAACUCAACAAACACACACACAACACCGACGUCCAACAGCAAGACCCCCUUCACCAGCACCAGCAGUCGGUGCAGGGGUGUGGCAGUGGGGACACACCGGGGUCGUGGCUGUUUUCGGUGGGUCCUGGGGUGGGCGAUGAGCAGGUGCGGCAGAUAUUGGGGUUCUCUGUCGACGUGACCCGCACCAUCGACGCGGCCGGCUGGACGUGCGAGAAGGACAUGUGGCGCAGCGUUGUGCAGAUCGGAUCACCAGGUGGAUGGGUGUGAGGGUGAAAAGGGGGGUUGGGGGUGGGCGGCAGGAGAUGCCGUGGGUUUCUGUGUCCCCCACAGCUUUGCUGGGUUUCUUUGACGCUGUCAACUAUGAGGAUAGCUCUAGCGCUCGGGAUCUCGUCAGGACGGCCGGUAGGCUCGGACGGCAGGGCGGCAGGCACGUAACACAAUCAAUGCCUGCAUACGACACGAUCUGCCUGUCUACCUGCUGUCAGUUGACCGUUUGGUUCGUCGCGAGACCCUGCUGCUGGUGGUAGACCAUGUGCCGGGCAAGGACGAGGCACUCAGCGCCGUGGACAACGCAGAAACCGUCAAAUUAGUUGGUAUACAAAGAUGCAUUGACGCGCGCACACGUCACUGUCUGCCUGGACGUCUGUGUGUGUGUAUGUGUGUGUGUGUGUGUGUGUGUGGACACACAGCGAUAUUAAUCGACUCGAUACUGGAGGCCUGGCAGUUGCAGAAGCGCGUCAACCCCGGUCUGCUUGCCCGCACCGCUGUCGUACUCAGGGGUGAGUGAACACGGACCCACACACAUACACUCACCAGACAGAGAGACACAGAUGUGUCCACGCACCAGGUCGCGGUGUGGGUCGCAAGAUGCGCGCGGGAGUCCACAGGGUGCGCAUCCAGCCCCUCGAGGCCAGCCAGUCAUCCUAGAGUAUGCCGGCCGCCCAGCCCUCCUCGGAUCAAUCACCGAAGUGUAUGUGAGACGGCGGCAGUGGUGUAGACAGGCAGAUCAUGAUGCGGG